AGGGUCCACUAUAUCUUUGAUCAGGUAUAUAAGACGCCAAAUGACAUCCCAAGAAUGACAAGACAGACUUCGUUCCACAGCAAUCCAUCAGCUCCAAGUAAGUCUUCCAUUCCCCGCUCCUGUCGUGAUACUGACAAGCUUCCCCGAGCAGCAUCUAUAUCCUACACACGCCCAACACAAGCCCUUAUUGUACUAUCAUGCCUUCCAAGACCCAAAAGUCGCUUGAAGCUCUGAUGGCCUAUAUCAAGCAGUCGAAGAACCGCCGCACUACGAUCUUGCGUGGCCAUGGCGAGCCUGGUCACCGAGCCGCCCCGGCGCGUGGGGGAAACCAUGAUGCGAGAAUCGGAAGCCGCAUCGAUGUCGGAGAAAUUAUCAAGAAAGCUGGCAAGGAAUUUCGACGGUACAAAUUCCAGCUCAAUUCGAACGCGCAAGAUUCCACUCUCAAGAAAAAGGCAGCCCAAGAUUCCCACAAGGUUUAUUCGACUGCGGAUGUGGAGAUAAAAGCGGGUAGGACUGAGGAGGAAGAAGAGCAGGCGAUGCAGGACUUCGAGGAACAAAUGUCGAAGAACUUAAGAGAAUAGAC